AACAUUAAAAAAAAAAAAAACAUAUGUUAAAGUCUGGGAGGCCUCACAAGUAUUGUCCUUUGCUAUGCUUUGUAGUUCUUUAAUAUAGCACUAUCAGUCUGCAUUGCAAAUAUAUCUACGGAUAUACAUAUAUGUAAAUGCCUCACUGUCUUUGAGGGCAGGGACCCUCUUUUAUUUCUGUGGUUUUGCCUAGGGAAGAUAUCCUCCAACAUGGGGCUUAGCACAUAGUAGGUUCUUAGAAAUUGUUGAUUGAAGAGAAACCAUAUGGACUAGAAACCAGUGACCGGAAGAUACAAUCAGAAGAGGUUUUGCUGGACUCCCCUGUAUUGGGAUUUCUGAGAGGGCGACUAGGGAGCCAGGGCGGCGUUGGAUGGGAUGGGGGAACAGUGUUCAAGAAGAGGUUUUGGUUCUGCGGCAGGAGUUGAGCGGGAGGAAUGUGACAGCUGCAGCCCCACCCUCUCAAUUUUUGUCACCCCCCCCCCCCACCCCCUCCAACUCAGGAGGGUGAAGAGGGGUCUCAGUUCCCUGAGAAACUGAGCGGUGGGCGGGCCAGGAGCUCCCCACGCCUCCCCGGGGCCGUCAUCUGUUUCCCACCCUCCUCCGACCUGAGUCCCGAGGCGCUGGCCGCGGUGCUGAAGCAGCGCUCUCCGAGGAGGGAGGAAGGAGGGGCCGGGCCGCGGCGAAGAGGCGGAGCUCUAUGAAGCUCUGAGCCGGAAAGGGGGGAGGGGCAGGGCGGCGCCAGCAGGCCCGAGACCCUGGCAGGCUUGAGAGGAGGCAGGAGACUGGAGACAGCCUGGCUAGAGUGGACAAAGGCAUCUGGACAAUCUUCCUCGAAAGAAACCAAGGUUGUCGUCCUUGUCUUAUAAAUCCUCUCUCUUCUACCUUGGAGGGACCCUCACCUUGUGUCCUGACCUCAGCCUCGUUCCCAAACCCAUCCGAGGAGUGACUGACUUCUAGGCUUUUCUGUCUGCGAAGCCACUAGCUUACAGCCCACAAGACCCCAGGUGAGGGCCUACUGCCUCACCAUGGUGAAGUUGCUGCCCGCCCAGGAGGCAGCCAAGAUCUACCACACCAACUAUGUGCGCAACUCGAGGGCUGUGGGUGUGAUGUGGGGCACACUCACCAUCUGUUUUUCGGUGCUUGUUAUGGCCCUCUUUAUCCAGCCCUACUGGAUUGGUGACAGCGUUAACACACCCCAGGCAGGCUACUUUGGCCUUUUCUCCUACUGUGUGGGCAACGUGCUGUCCUCUGAGCUCAUCUGCAAGGGUGGCCCGCUGGACUUCUCCUCCAUUCCCUCUAGAGCUUUCAAGACUGCCAUGUUUUUUGUGGCCUUGGCCAUGUUCCUCAUCAUUGGCUCCAUCAUCUGCUUUAGCCUCUUCUUCGUCUGCAACACGGCCACUGUCUACAAGAUCUGUGCAUGGAUGCAGCUGGCUGCAGCCACAGGCCUCAUGAUCGGCUGCCUGGUCUACCCGGAUGGCUGGGACUCAAGUGAGGUGCGACGCAUGUGUGGGGAGCAGACGGGCAAGUACACGCUGGGUCAGUGCACCAUCCGCUGGGCCUUCAUGCUGGCCAUCCUCAGCAUCGGAGAUGCCCUCAUCCUCUCCUUUCUGGCCUUCGUGCUGGGCUACCGGCAGGACAAGCUCCUCCCCGAUGACUACAAGGCCGAUGGAAAAGAGGAAGUCUGAAGCAGCUGGAGUGCUGGUGAGUAAUCCCACCGUUGGGUGGUCUGCCUGCCUUGGGGAAGGGCUGUGGCCUCCUUGGCCUCCGUUUCCUUACAGACUCAUCAGGCAGAAUGGCCCGUGGGGCCGGGUGUAGGGGCUGGCGUUGGGCCUGGGAGCAGGAGCAGUGACUCCCGCAGGAGCUAGCUGGCAUCUGAGACCCCCUUGUUUUACCUCUUACUUGAGAAGUGGAAAAAGAACAGGAAGAAAUAAUGUCGAACAGCCAGGUGGUUUCAUAAACUCAUCUUUCUGUGGAGCCUGGCAAACAAGAACAGACUGCUUAGAAGUCAUUCUUGUAAAUGGGGCCCUUAUUUUCAGAAAGACUUUAAGUGAUCUGUAAGAAAAAUAGAAAACCUAAUUAAAAAAAAAUAAAAGUCACAGAGAGGAAAACAAAUAUUCUAGAAAGCUAGGCUAAUAGAAACACUACCUUCCUUAUGCUUCCUGAUAGCCAACACAAAAAGAAAAAUAUGACUUUAACUGAUUUUAACGUCUGGUUGAAAAGGAAGCACAACAUAUCAAUUUCCUUAUUGCCUUUCAGGUUUCCAAAAUGUGAUUUAACAAGAAUAUUAAGGAACACAUUAAAAAAAUAUAAAAGCCCAUCAUAGUAUCACCUUCCAAAUAGCUGCCAUUUAUUGAGGACCUACAGCAGGCUAGGCCCUUCAUGUGGGUAGACGGGGUUAUCUCCAUUAAAAAGAAACUUUUUUUAACGUUUAUUUAUUUUUGAGAGACAGAGAGAGACAGAGCAUGAGCAUGGGAGGGACAGAGAGAGGGGGAGACACAGAAUCCGGAGCAGGCUCCGGGCUCUGAGCUGUCAGCACAGAGCCCGACGCGGGGCUCGAAGUCACAAACCAUAAGAUCAUGACCUGAGCCAAAGUCGGCUGCUUAACCGACUGAGCCACCCAGGCGCCCUGGGGUUAUAUCCAUUUAAACGAUUUUAAUUUCUGCAAAGUACCUUCCAGUCCUUGCCCACAUAGAUAUACUUUUUUCAAUAAUAAUAAACAUUGCCCCCCCCCCCCCUUAUUAGGUGAUUCUCAAACUCUAAUAUGCAUACAACCUACCUGGGAAUCUUCUUAAAAUGGAAAUUCUGAUUCAGGGGCCAUAGACACUGUUCCUAACCUGCUUCACAUAAUGGCUACACUUUGAAUAGCAAACUGUUAGAGUGUAAACAUUUUCUCAUUUUUUUUUUCAAUGUUCAUUGUUAAAGUUUUUUAAAGCCACAAACGCCAUAGCCCUGGUGUACUCUUUAAUGGCUAAACAAGACCUUGGUUAUUAGCCAUUGAGGACUGUUCUCACAGAUAAGAAUGUGUUGCUUCUGUUGAUAAAUUCUGGAGUAGAAUUGCUGAAUCAAAGGUAACCACACCUGUAUGUCUUUUCACCCAUUUCUCCUAUCCUUCCGUUAUCUAUGAGCUUGUCAUUGUUUUAAAUGUUUAUUUAUUUAUUUAUUUUUGAGAGAGAGAGAUAGAGAGAGAGAAUUCCAAGCAGGCUCUGCAGUGUCAGUGCAGAGCCAGAAGUGGGGCUUGAACGCAUGAACAGUGAGAUCACGACCUGACCCCAAAUUAAAAGCUGGAUGCUUAACCAGCUGAGGCACCCAGGCACCUGUUUUUUUGUUUUUCACCUUUCAAGAUUCCACAGAGAUUAUAUGCAGUAUUUGGCUUUUUCUGACUUAUUUCACUUAGCAUAAUGCCCUGGAGGUCCAUUCAUGUUGUCACAAAUGGCAAAAUUUCAUUUUUUUUUUUUUUUGGCUGAAUAACAUUCCAAUAUGGAUAUAUAGCACAAUUUUUUUUUUAAGUUUAUUUUGAGAGACAGAGACAGCACAAGUCGGGGAGGGGCAGAGAGAGAGAAUCCCUAGCAAGCACCACACAUUCAGUGCGGAGCCCCGCACGGGACUGGAACCCACGAAACUGUGCGAUCAUGACCUGAGCUGAAAUCAGGAGUCUGAUGAUGCUGAACCAACUGGGCCACCCAGGAGCCUCUAUAGCACAGUUAAAAAAAAGGUUUUUUUGAUUUUAUUUUAGAGAGAGUGAGAGAGCAUGCAAGCGAGGGAGAGGGGCAGAGAGAGAGAGAGAGAGAGACAGACAGAGACAGAGAGGGAAUCUUUAGACUCCACGCUCAGUGUGGAGCCUGAUGCGGGGCUCAAUCCUACAACCCUGGGAUCACGACCUGGGCUGUAGUCAAGAGCUGGGUCCUCAAUCCACUGAGUCCCCCAGGCAUCCCUCCAUAGCACAAGUUUUAAGUGUCCACUGAUGGACAGUUAGGCUGUAAAUAGCGCUGCCAUGAACAUGGGAAUGCGUACAUCUUUUGAAUUAGUAUGUUUUUCUUUGGAUAAAUACCCCCAAAUGCAAUUGCUGGACCAUAUGGCAGUUCCAUUUCUAAUCUUUUAGUUCCAUUUCUAACCUCCAUACUGUUUUUCAUAGUGGCUGCACCAACUCAUAAUCCCAUCAACAGUGCACAGAUGUUCUCUUUUCUCCAUAACCUUGCCAACACUUUUUUUUUUUUGUCUUUUUGAUAGUAGCCCUUCUAAAAGGUGUGAGGUGAUAUUGUGGUUUUGAUUUGCAUUUCCCUGAGAGUUAAUGAUGUUGAGCAUCUUUCUAUGUGCCUGUUGGCCAUCUGUAUGUUUUCUUUGGGAAAAUGUCUAUACAGAUCCUUUGCUCAUUUUUUAUGUAUGUAUUUAUUUAUAUUUAUUCAUUUUUUUUCUUUGCUCAUUUUUAGAUUUUCUUGCUAUUGAUUUAUAGGAGUUCUUGAUAUAUUUUGGAUACAUGAUUUGCAAAUGUCUCCUCCCAUUCAGCAGGCUGCUUUUUUAUUGGUUGAUGGUUUCCUUUGCUGUGCAGAGCUUUUUGUGUAGUCCCACGUGGUGGUUUUUUUUUUUUUUUUCGCUUUUGGUGUUAAAUUCAAAAAAUCGUUGCCACGAUCUAUGUCAAGGAGCUUACCGCCUGUGUUUUCUUCUAGCGGCUUUAUGGUUUCAGGUCUGAUAUUAAAGUCUUUAACCCAUUUUGAUUUAACUUUUGUGUAUGGUGUAAGGUAGUGGUCCAGUUUCCCGGUACCAUUUAGUGAAAAGACUGCCCUUUCCCCAUUGUAUAUUCAUGACUUGUCAUAAAUUGGCCACAGCAUAGGUUCAUUUCUGGGCCGUCUACUCUGUUCCACUGAUCUGUGUGUCUGCUUUUAUGCCAAUACCAUACCGUUUUAAGUUUUGUAAUAUAGGUUGAAAUCAGGGAGCCAUGAUAUCAUGCUUCUAGCUUUGUUCUUGCCCAAGAUUGCUUUUUAAAAAUGAUACUUUAUUUAAGAGACCUGAGUUUUUACUUGAUGCACAUUGACAAUUAUUUUAGACACUAACGAAAUUUGCCUGUCUGGGUAGGGCUGAAUCAAAACGUAAGCUUCCGGGGGACACAGGGCGCAUACAUGGGGAAUUUGGUUUUGCUUGGCUUUCUAAAAGUGUCAAAUUUUAUACUCUUGCAAUUUUUUUUUUUUUUUAAUACCAC